CGUUAUAUAUAAGGGCCAUCGCUUUGGCACUUUAUUUACUCUUUUUAUCUCUCGCUUUGAAGCUUGGCGGCAGUGUUCUUCAAAGCCUCUGCUUAGCGAGAAACCUCUGAGUAAGUAACCGUCAUGAAGGAAAGAGAAAAGUACAUCACGGUGAAUGAGAGAAUAGAAUUUGCUGAUCAGAUGUCCCGAGAACCAGGUGUUAAAACAAAACGAAAGAGAGAGGAUUUAAACAUCAUUAAUGGCAGUUCUAAGUCUAGAAGGAAGGGAAUCAGUAAGGAAACCAAGAUCAUGGAACAAAAAGUUGAUAGGGUGGAUUAUAUCUCACAAUUGCCUGAACAUAUUAUCCAUCACAUCAUCAGUUUCCUGCGUUGUAAAAAAGAUGCAGCUAGAACGAGUAUCUUGUCAAAGAGAUGGAGAGAUAUGUGGGUUUCUUUCUCAAAUUUAGUCUUUGAUCAACGGAAAUUCCAUGGACAAGUGAGACGUUUAGAAACGCUUUCUGAAGAACAAAUUCAGAAAAUCAAGAAUGUGGAGAUGUUUCGAAAUUAUGUUGAUAACACUCUGCAAAGACAUGUGGAGCUAAAAGAUAGGAGUAUACAGAAAUUUGUGCUUCAUAUGACUCACUAUAAUUCUGAACUGACUACUUGUAUGGAUAAGUGGAUUGAUUUGGCGCUAAAAUACAAUAUCAAAGAGUUAGAACUCCAUGUCCCUGGGUAUUUGCAUGGAUGCUACAGAUUACCUCAAUGUGUAUUUGCUGCCAACACAAUAACUGCAUUAAGGGUUUAUGGGUGUAAGUUGCGACCUUGUAAUAAUCUAAAACUUUCUAAUCUGCAAAAAGUUUGCCUUGGAAAACUCUAUGUCAAUGAAUGGAUGAUUGAGAAUCUGAUCCGUAGCUGCCCUCUGCUUGAGGAUUUUAGACUCAUCUACCCUAUUGGAUUAAAAACUUUUAAGGUUCCCAAUCUUCCUAAACUUAAAAGGGUUGAUUUGCACACUUGCUCUGGGCUGCGGGAGGUUAACCUUCAAGCAUCAAAUCUUGAAACAUUUUGGUAUCUUGGGAAGAAAUAUUUGCCUUGCAAAAUUGAGUUGUCCACAUGCAACACCCUUAAGAAUUUGACAUUAGAGGAUGCUAAACUGAAGGAUGAGUUGUUUCAAAAACAUCUCUCUUGUUUCCUUGUCCUUGAGAAAUUGGUUCUAAGCAAGUGUAAUGCCUUGGAAAAUAUUAUAAUUUCAAGUUUUAAGCUUAAGACACUUAUUUUAAGAGAAUGCAAGCAGCUAGAGGAGGCAGAUAUUGAUACCCCAAACCUUCUUUCAUUCGAGUACAAGGGUGAUAAGAUGCCCUUUUCUUCCUUGAAUCCUACAAGUUUAAAAGAAGCUAAGCUUUAUUUUAAACCAUCAAGACCAGAAGUUAAUACUAGAUUCCACAAAGGAGAUGAUCAUACUCCUUGGUUUGCUAAAUUGCAAGCAUUUCUUGAGAGGUUUGAUUACUCUAGAGGAUUGAAACUCAUGGCCCGCUCCAAUAAGAAUAUUGUCGUUUAUGAAAAACCAAAGGGAAUUUUUCUUCCGCGUGUCUAUGAUCUCAAACUUGACGUGGUCAAGUCAUCAGUAGCUCUUGAGGAUCUGUUGGAUGAUAUUUUACGAACAUGGCAUCCAGAGACAUUAUCAUCAUUGUCAAUUUCCAGAAGCAAUCUCCCCAAGCUAGUACGUAAGAGACUAAUAGGCAGAGAGAAGGAGCCCAGCUGCUGCACAUACAAUAUUCCCGGUACUAAAUGCUGGCGGCACUUUCUGGAAUAUGUCAAAACUGAGAACCUUGUCAAUAACAAAGAUACGUCUGAAUGGAUUGCUUGGUUGAGGUCAUCUCGAUCUAUGUUCAAAAUCAAUUGUUUCAAAUUAACUUGGAAAUCCCGGAAACAUGUUAGUCAGGAAUAGACUAAUGUUUAAUUGAAUAUGAUCAGACUAGAGUUUGGAGGGUUUUUUUUUUUUUUUUAUUGUAUUGGUAUUGUUACUGAAUUUUUAUCAUUGGGUCUGUACUUUUUUGGUUGUGAACCCAUUACAUGUUUUUGUUAAACAGAAACUCCAAUACCUACCACAGGUGCUUUAUUUUAAUCUCUUAGGAAUUUACUGUGAUGAUUGGUAUCAUAUUGGCAGCAACAGACAGCUGGAUUGCUAUUAUUGCAACCGAAUAAAUAAAAAAUAUAUAUAUUUGUUGAAAUGUUUUCUGAUGAAAGAAAAAGCAGAGGGAAAAGCUAUGGCGUAAAUCCCAAUCCUCUGAAGGAGCAAAUGGUAUCUGAUUCCAGUUUCUGUCUAUAUUAGAACCACUUUCCACUCUUAGUAUUGCCAAUACCCCAAAAAAACUAGACGGUUCCUUAGUUUAAGGAGAAGAGCAAAGCUCAUCUUUUAUUCUGAAUUCAGCAUCCGAUCUUCCAACUUCUGCUGGUUGAU